UUCUUUUUUUUUUCUUCCUUUCUCUCUCACUCUCUCUCUUAAACAAUGAUUCGAUCUUCUGCUAGUUUAAUCAUAGCUGCACCUCUUCCAAAAGAAUUAUUAAAGCAUAAUAGUCUCGGUUGCAAUUAUCGUAUUUUGAUGGUCAAGAGAAAUGCAAAAAGCAGCUUUAUUCAUGCCCAUGUCUAUCCUGGCGGUAUUGUUGAUAAAGCAGACAGUGAAUGGCCACAGACCGAAAAAUAUUCAACCGAAAAAAUAUGCGCUAUCCGAGAAACAUUUGAAGAGUCAGGAUUAUUCGUGUCUGAGCCAAGCAUAACUAUUCCCGAUAGUCAACAUUGGCGACACAGAAUACAUAAAGAUGCUAGCCAGUUUCAAUCCAUGUGUGAGAAGUAUAAAGUAGCACCCGCCGUAGACAAGUUGAUUCCAUUUGCAAAUUGGAUCACACCAGAACAAGAAAAGAAAAGAUAUAACACGAUAUUCUUUUUAUCCAUAUUGAAGCAAUAUGAUACUAAAAGAGAACAAGAUGCCUAUUUGAACAGCAUCAUGGCAGAUGGCACAGAGACACUGUUAUUCGACUGGCUUAAGCCAGAAGAAGCAUUGGAGAAAUUUGAAAAAAAGGAAAUCAUUUUGAUGCCUCCUCAGUGGUAUUCACUCUAUACCAUGUCCAAAUGCAAAGACUAUAAGGAUUUGGACAAGGUCGGAUAUGGUAUCUUUCGUACAAAUCAAGAACUUAUCCCAAUCUUACCAAAGCCACGACCAAGUGAUUUGAAGGAUUAUCUAGGAUAUUUAGAGUUUCCAGGCGAGGGACAUCGAUUGUAUUUUAAGAGUGGUAGACCAAUGCAGGGCUACAAACUACAAUCAAAACUUUAAAAACAAAUAAACUCAGUAGAUCUUCAGCUACAUUGCUCAUGUUUUUUCAAGGAACAAA